AUGUCAUCAUCACGGGGAGAGGGCCAGCGACAUGGGGAGAUGGUUAUGGUCACGCCUCGAGCUGUUGCUGGAUUCCGAGGAACUGUUCGCUACGCGUCAGUCAACGCCCAUAAAAACCGAGAGAUGGGUCGACACGAUGAUCUCUGGUCACUUUUCUACAUGUUGGUCGAGUUUGCAGUCGGUCAGCUGCCCUGGAGGAAGAUCAAAGACAAGGAGCAGGUUGGCCUCAUUAAGGAAAAGUACGAUCACCGGAUGCUCCUGAAGCACAUGCCAUCCGAGUUCCAGAGCUUCCUCGAUCACGUUUCCACUUUAGAUUAUUUUACCAAACCAGAUUACCAGUUGAUAAUGUCAGUGUUAGAGAAUAGCAGCAAGGAGCGGAACAUCACUGAGAACGAGGCCUUCGACUGGGAGAAAGGUGGCACUGAUAUUUUAUUGUCUACUAGCACUCCCACCCAGGCCCAACUGCACACCAAACAGACUGCAGCCAUGUUCGGGGUGAUAAACGUUACGCCAGUCCCAGGUGAUGUCCUUCGGGAGAAUACGGAUGAUGUCUUACAGGAUGAACAUCUGAGUGACCAGGAGAAUGCUCCUCCAAUUUUACCAGGGAGACCGGCUGAGCACUCCGCAGCUCCCCCAAACCUGGUGUUCGAAACUGAGGCCUGGGACGAGACUGACAUCAACAGGAACAAACUCAGGAUUAGCAUCAGCAAGACUCAGUGUGUGUUGGAUGAGGAGCUGAGUCGAGGUCCAUGUCCCAGCUCCCCUGUACCUGAACGGCAACCCUCACUGAGAUAUCGGCGUGUAAACAGCCCCGAGUCUGACAGGCUGUCGACUGCAGACGCCCGGGCUGAUGGGCUGGAGAAGCGGUCACGGAUGGACUACAUGGGCUCUCCAUCUCGACAGGCCUACUCCUCACAACACGCACAGAUGCUGUCAGUGAACAUGGGGCAGGCCCCAGGGGAGAAGCAGUACAGUGGCAACUUGGAAGCGUCAGCCUCAGUGGAGCAUGAGGCUCUGAGCACAGCCUUUCGAUCAGUACCUCUGGCUGAGGAGGAAGACUUUGACAGUAAGGACUGGGUCAUCAUCGACAGGACUGAACUCAAAGAUUUUCACCCUGGAGUGGAAGCAAGUUCAUCAGGGACAACCGAUGAGGAGCCUGAGGAGCUGCGACCCCUGGAGGGAGCAGAGGCAGCUGUCCGCCCCAAGAGCCAGGAUGUGAGGGCAAAGGGAGAACAGGAGAGCGUGCACAGAGAGAGCGCCAGGGAGGCUCGGGCUCCGAGCCCUGGACACUCACCGUUACACCAUUCUCAGCCAGUUCCCCGCUGCAGGAGGCGAGAGUCCGACCUUUCAGGCUCUGAGCCACAGGCAUUGAUCAGCAAAACAGAUGAACUGGACGCUGUGCCAGCAGUUGUGGUUGGAGAGCUUCCUUGCCCUUUGCGGUUGAGAUGUCUGCCCAUUGGCCGGGCAGUCCCUCCCAGAGAUACCGACAGUGAGAGAGAUCUCCAGACUCGCCCGAGGCGGGUUGACUUCUCCAAUGUGGUCUUAACAGCAACCUUUGACCUGGAGUCAGACCGUUUCAAUAGAGACGAAGAGGAGAUUGAGGGUGUGAAGGAGUGGAGAGAGGGAGGAAAGGAAGGAACGAAGGAGCAGAGUGAGGGAGGGAUGGAACAGAGUGAGUCUAGCAGCGAGGAGAGUGAGAAAAGCACUGAGUGCAGCCAGGAAGCUGCUCCUUCCACACUCCUGGCUGAUGAUCAGAGAGAGGGGCGCUGCCGGACCUCCGGGGCAGAUGGUGAGCAGGAGCUAGAGGAAGGCUCCAAAACACUGGUGCUUUUCUCACCAGGUGAUAUCCACAAAUCACCCACGACUGGCGACUUGGCACCAGACGCAGACAUGGGGACCUUGGCUGCCAUGACACCUCAGAGUGAGAAACCUCAGGCUCUGGGUAGUCAGCUAGAUGUCUCCGAGCCAGGGACCCUCUCCUCCAUCAUCAAGUCGGAAGCUAAACCACCCUGCCCUGUUAUAGCUGCAGCAGCCUCCUGCCCCUUCACCAAGGUUGAGCGAACGUUCCUGCACAUUGCUGAGAAGACACAUCUCAAUGUCAUGUCCUCCACUGGGCAGCUCCUGCCUCAGGACCAUUACGAGUUCUUCCAGACGCGAGAGCCAGAGAACGGGAACUGGCCCAUGGCAGAGGGAGUGGCUGAGGCUCCUCCUCCAACUCUACUCCAACUCAAGACCCAAGCUGGAGCGCCAAGAGCCCAGAAUGGGGUGGGGAUUGGAGCAGGCUUGCCGGAGAGGACAGUGAAGCCAGAACCUCUAGGCCUUGUGGGGACCGGCCAUUUUCCUGAGCAAGAGUCCACCCAGGGAAGGGAGGGAGAAGGCAGCAGACCAGUGACCGGAGGUGCCCAUCUCAGGACACCAGCUAGAUCCCAAUGGAAGAGUCGGAUUCCAGUGUUGGUCUCUGAGGAGGAUACAAGGUCAGAGCAUUCAGCAGCUCUUUUCUUCAAGGACAGACUGAUCCACAGGAGGUCCAAGCACUUGGAUUUGGCUCGCUUGCUGAUGGACAAGAGGCAGAGUCGGCUGAUACACCUGUCCUCAGUGACCUCCUCCUCUGCCUCCUCAGGAGAGGAUUGCAGACAGGGCUCAGGGAGUUCACCAGCCACAGCCUCUGAGGAGGACACAAACUCCGAAAGUUCCCUCAACAGAGCAGGGAAGGGAAGCGAGGCCCACUCACUUGCUGGCAGGCAGAAGCGGGCACUGGGCAGCAAGAGCAAGAUUCCACGGCCUAUCACCCCUGUCAAGGUGUCCCCAGUGCACAGCUCCCCAAACACCAGCCCAUUGAAAACUCCACCUACUCAAAGUUCCCAGCUUCUCACCGCUUAA